GAAGCUGCUGCUCAGCCUGUUUGUUGAUCGCUCUCUGUGGCUUAUUAACACCCGAGUUUAUCGCAGCCGGGCUCAUUUUCUCAGGGGGUUUUCACUUGUCGUCGCCGGGAAGAGACAGGCCGCUUUUUGACAGCGUUUUCAACCACACAGCGAGUAUGUCCUGAGCUCGGAGUUGGACUGAGAGGCUUUUCAGAUGUAGCUUGUUAGCUAGCUGCGUCGCGUACAGUGUACACACAGGCUUUUUGUUCUGCCCAUGGACAGCCUCUGCAUGGCCAAUUAUUACCACUGCUGACUACGGACAGGGCGCAGAAAUCUGUGUCUUUUUUGUUGAGAAACGUGCCAGGAAUAAUACCCCGGUUGUCAACCUCCAGCCCCCGGGGCUAACCCCCGGUCACCGACCGAAUUAAUGGCCGGAAAUCCGAGGAGGGGCGCCGGUCUCAUCGGCUUGAUGAAGGACGCCUUUCAGCCGCACCAGCAGCCGCUCCAGCCGCACCAACCUGCAGUGGUCGAUAAGAAAAUGGUGGAGAAAUGCUGGAAACUCAUGGAUAAGGUGGUGCGUUUGUGCCAGAAUCCCAAGGUGGCAUUGAAGAACAGUCCACCCUACAUCCUGGACCUGCUGCCGGACACCUACCAGCACUUACGCACCAUUUUAUCCAGAUAUGAGGGCAAAAUGGAGAUCCUGGGGGAAAACGAGUAUUUUCGGGUGGUCAUUGAGAACCUGACCAACAAGACGAAGCAGACCAUGAGCCUUUUUAAGGAGGCCAAAGAGAGGAUGUAUGAGGAGAACUCCCAGCCUAGGCGAAACCUCACCAAGCUGUCCUUGAUCUUCAGUCACAUGCUGGCCGAGUUAAAAGCCAUCUUCCCCAAUGGCCUGUUUCAGGGCGACAACUUCAGGAUCACCAAAGCUGAUGCAGCUGAGUUUUGGAGAAGGUCAUUUGGGGACAAGACCAUAGUGCCAUGGAGGACAUUUCGUCAGGCUCUCCACGAGUUUCACCCCAUCAGCUCAGGUCUGGAGGCCAUGGCCCUCAAAUCCACCAUCGACCUCACCUGCAACGACUACAUCUCUGUGUUUGAGUUUGACAUCUUCACAAGGCUCUUCCAGCCGUGGUCGUCUCUUUUAAGGAACUGGAACAGUCUGGCAGUCACACAUCCUGGUUACAUGGCCUUCCUGACCUACGACGAGGUCAAAGCUCGACUGCACAGGUUCAUCCACAAACCUGGCAGCUACAUCUUCAGACUGAGCUGCACUCGGCUGGGCCAGUGGGCGAUCGGCUACGUGACAGCUGAUGGGAACAUCCUGCAGACCAUCCCCCAUAACAAACCACUCUUUCAAGCCCUCAUUGAUGGAUACAGAGAGGGAUUCUAUCUUUUCCCAGAUGGCCGUGCGCAGAAUCCAGACCUCACAGGGUUGUGUGAACCUUCUCCACAGGACCACAUCAAAGUUACUCAGGAGCAGUAUGAGCUGUACUGUGAGAUGGGCUCCACGUUUCAGCUUUGUAAGAUCUGUGCAGAGAACGACAAGGAUGUGAAGAUUGAGCCCUGCAGACACCUGAUGUGCACCUCCUGUCUGACUGCCUGGCAGGAGUCGGAGGGUCAAGGUUGCCCAUUUUGCCGAUGUGAGAUUAAAGGCACAGAGCCCAUCGUCGUGGACCCCUUCCACCCGAAGGCCAGCGGGGCUUCCUUCGCUGGUUUCCAGGGGUCCAGCAGAGCAGAAGCUGCUGGCAAUGAGGAGGAAGAAGACGAUCGUCUGGAAGACCAGCACCUUGUCAUGAGCAGGCUGGCCUGCACCAAGGUCGAGCGCCCACCUUCUCCAGUGUCUCAGCUGCCUCCGGUGCCUCCUCGACUGGACCUCCUGCAGCAGAGAUCCUCCAGCUCCCAUAGUGCACUGGGUCAGGGAGCCACAGCCAAAAUGGCAGCCACACACCGAGACAAGCCUCUACCUCUGCCUCCAGCCCUGAGAGAGCUGCCCCCUCCUCCCCCUCCAGAGCGCCCCUCCCUGGUCGGUCAGGACUCCCGACUCCAGAGGAGACCCCUGCCCUCCACCCCCGACCAGCCUGCCUGGGCCGCCAACUACAUGAUCCCACGUCCUGCCACCAAGGCUCCGUCAGUACUGUCCUCUGCCUCUCAGAGCAACGGGACCGGCGGAGAAGGAAGCAAACCCCAGGCAGCUACCAACGCUGUUUACUGUCUGGCUGCGAGGUCUCUGCCAGCGUCAGCGGUGUCGAGUGGCGAGAAGCUGUCGUCUGACAGCGAGGAGAACGAGUACAUGAGUCCCACCUCCCUGCCGGCCUCUGGUGCCCCCUGGGUCAUUACAGGCUCUUUGGUACCUCCAGCACCGACCCAGACGAACAACCACAAUGACAUCAGCAGUGAGGUGGGCGACAGCGACUCUGAGGACCCCCAGGUUUACGAGUCCAUGUGUAAUAUCCAGAACCAGGCUGGUUCCACUGAGACGACACAGGCCUCUGACCCGGACCACCCUCAACAUCCAGCCCAGGACAAGAAGGAGGAGACGAGUGUGGAGGACAUUUACGAGUACGAUACUCCCCGGCCGGUCGUCCCUCCGGCCCCCACCAGGAGAACCCUGUCAGAGAUCAGCGGUCCCUCUGCGGCCUUCAGCACUCUCAGCAUGGACGCUGCAGUAGAUGCCAGUAUGUUUGCAGCAAGUGUCGACCCUGAACGCCCCCCCAAACCUCUCCCUCGUAGAGCCAACUCUGACCGACGGCCUCGACCGUUGAACCGUGAAUUUCCUCCUCCGUUGCCAGAACUCCCUGGUCCCUCCUCUGCCUCCUCUUCCUCCCCUGCUCCUGCUCCUGCUCCUGCUCCUCCUCCUGCUGCUGCUGCUGCUGCUGCUGCAGGCCCUGGAAGCCUGGCUCUAAACGGGGAGAUCGAAUGCCUGAUGUCGCAAGGCUACUCCAUCCAGGACAUCCAGAAAGCCCUGAUGAUCGCCCAGAACAACCUCGAGACGGCCAAGAACAUCCUGCGCGAGUUUGUCUCCAUCCCCUCCACGGCACACAUCGCCACAUAGUCACUCCAGUCUCGCUCCCCCUCUGUCUCGCCCCUGUCUCCACUCUGUGCCAUUACCAUGGAUAGCAUUUACCAAGCACUUUCCUGCAGGGCCAUGAGUGCUUGUCAAAAGGCUUUAAUGUGAGGCGUAAUGCUGCGUUCACGUCAUAUCGGAAACCGGAAGGUCAGUUGCAAUCGACAGUGAACAAACUGCGUCAGGCUUUACUCACUUUUCUGAGAGGAUUUUUGGUGUGAAAACAGAUUACUUUGGUUACAUGGACUAUUGUUACGCCUCAACUUGGAGAUCGAGGGUUUCAGCCCAAACAGAAAGAGCACAGGGAUGUUGGUAUCCAUCAUUUAAACUUUGGUUAAAGCUCCGUCUGAGAGGCCGAUGUGACCUGAACGCAGCAUACAUGGAGAAUCGAAGCCUUUACGGUGAGCUCUCUGUAGCCGAGCUUUGACCCUGCUGUACUCGCCUCGGUCCGAGUACGGUCUCUCAUUAAGCUAAGUGUUGAAGCUACACUGACUUUGUUCCCCGUGCGGACCGUCGCUUUUCGACUCCCGCUGCUGGCAGCCGUUCAGUUUGGUGCUUUACGGGCUUCUUUGCAAAUCGUGGCGUACGAAAAUAUGUAGCGACACCGGCGCGGUGGGAAAAACUAGUGAUGAACUCCGUGACGCGUGUGCUCAUGCUGAUGAAUGUGAACGUUCAGUUGCAGUGCAGUAUCGCAGGGCUUCGUGUCGUCGUCGUCGUCGUGGCUCGCUCCGUUUCGAUGGUAUUCGACAAGUUGAACAUAAUAACUCCAUUAUCUUCUCUCGGCUCCUGGUUCAACGAUGGUUCUGUAACGAAAUAACAAGUUUAAUGUUUAAGUACUCUCAUAACGUGUUGUGCCGUGUGUAGUACUAACAAUGGGCUCAUUUAAUUCCAUGAUUUCACGCCACCGUGUGGUGGUCCGACACUGAAGGCUGGUUUAUUUAGUCGAACGCUUCUCUAGACUUUUCUAGUUUCAUAGUAAGAACCGAAAGAACUUUAACAUGAGCUGUGGGCUUUUAUUCUAACGGCUCAGCAUCACAGAAUUUAUCUCUGCAUUUGUGCCCAGUAGAGCUUCAAAGGGUUCACCAGAAAUCAGACUGAAGGGAUUUACACUCCGCUCUAAAGCAAAAAAAAAAAAACUGAAGGUGGUGCAAUGUCAUGUGGACUCAGGUACUGUGUAAUAAGCCAGGGUUGUAUGUAAUGAAUGAACAGAUGUAAAGGACACAGAGAUGGUAAUACAGCGAGCACUCCCUCAGCUUUUGCAGAAACAUUCCAGUGAUUGGAUUCUUUUUUUUUUUUUUUUAAGUUGCCUGCAUUAAUUAACAUCUUUAAAAUCGAUGUUGCGACGCUUCCCAGAACUCAUUCGCUCCUUAAUUUAAACUCUGGAUACGUUUAACAUGGUUAAAACAAUCCACAAGUCCUGGAUGAACAUCUCAGCAGUCUAUAGAAGUCAUUAUGGGAUGGACGUCACCAGCUGGUACUCAACCUCCUGAGCAACUUCAUAAGAUACGAGAGCCGACUCAGCCGGACUUUCAGUUUUUCUAGAGGUGGCACCAACACAUAUCUGAGCCAUUCAUGUUCUGCAGUGCACUUUUAUAGGUUAUUUAAGCACCACCCUCAAACCUGGACCAGUUGUUCCAAAUUGCGCUUUUGCAGAUCAAUCAGUCGAUAAACAGAAAAAUAAUCUGCAACUAGUUUGUGAAUCGAUUUUUCAUUUCUAGUCAGUUGUUCCAGAUUUUCUGUCGUGUCGAUUUGCUGUUUCUUGCUCUCAUGCGACGUAGCAAGUUGAUAAUUCAGGGGUAAGAACAUGACAUUUGGACUUCUCAGGCACUUUUCAGGAUUUUCUGACAUUCACAGUUACAAUUAAUUGAGAAAAUUUGCAGCAGGUUAAUUGAUAAUGAAAUAAUCUUUGGCUGCAGCUCUGUUCAAAUGAGAUUGUUUCUAUCUUUAGUCUGGCUGCAGGGCGUUACUUUAAUCAAUAAGACAAAAAGUGAACUCUUGUGCCACCUUUUUACAGGGCUCAACAUAAGUGGAAGUCACAGGUCUUUAACAGCGUAAACUGUUGCUUUACACUCAGCUGGCGGUGUUUUGAUGCCACGUUGCUCGGUCCACCAUGGAAAUAUCUCCAAAACCUUCAGAUACGUUGACAUAAACCUUUCGUACAGGCACUUAUGUUUGAUUAAAGGUGGAGUAAGUGUCUCUAAUCCAACACAAUUUUCAUCAAAUUCAGUUGGGAGAUGAAGGAAAAUGGGAGCAACAGUAAAUCUAGCAUGUGCUAACUACUUAGAUAUGCUAACUAUCUAAAUAUCAACAAUCUUUCUCCAGAAUCCAAACUCCAUCUUUAAUCCUGCUGACUUCAGUGAUUGUUUUUUUCCUGUGGUGCCAUCGUAAAAUGCUUUGUUAACUUUUCAGGAUCCUCGUAGGAUAAACCGCUAGCGCCAUAAUCUGCUCAAAACCUCAGUUCUUCUGGUAAACAUCGGUGUCGUCUGCGUGAGCUCUCAGUAUUGUUCAUUUUUCUUGAAAGUUGCUCAGUAGAUUGUUGACCAUCCGGUGAGUUCAACGUUCUUCCAGUAAAUCACUUUUAUUACCUGCUGGUCUCAAGUCCCGCCACACUCCCACAAAAGCAGCGUGUAGAAAUGAAACUGAGUCAACUAAACAGUCGUCUAAAGUUGUGGGUUUCGCUCAGGUUCUAGUUUCUUUCCAGUGGACCAAAAAUGAGCAGCAGUCACUCGCAGGCACCUUCUACCUUUUGUCAUAUCUACACGAGGCUCAGUAUCCCAAAAGAGGAUCAGAACGACCAUUGAAAGACGCCACAGCAGGCAAACGGUGCAAUUAAAGCGUACAAGAUGCUCGAUUCGCUGCAACAAGGCGGAUUCAUAGUAACAGAAGUUCUGCUUUAGAGAGAAGUGGUGGAAAUGUUUAAUUAUGAGCACUAUUUCUCAUUAUCUUCCCUUUCCAAACUAAAUGUCUAACUUUCUGCAGUAACAUGUACAGUAAAUGUGCCUUCUGUCAAUUACAACCUGCACACGCCAGCAAACCAAAACAAACUGGAAAUUACAGCAGAUUCUCUCAGAUAUUUAUGUUCACUAACUCCACACGGGGGCAUUUGGUAGAUAGUUUUAUUUUUUGUUGUUUUUUUUUUUUAUUAAGGCCAAUAUAGACAUUUGAAAGUUUAAAAAAAAAUACAAGUAUAUCAGUUGAAGUUUGUGUUUUUAAUUUUAUAUUAUUAUUGAGGAGCCCUUAAAUUUGGUAAUGAAAGAUCUUGUGACCAAAUAUACACCAAGCGGGACUUUUUACAGUUAGAAAAACGACCUUCAGCGCUCUCUGGUGGACAAACUGCGUAACGACGGGAUAGUUUGAGCGACCUCGGACGUGUUUUUUUUGUCCCAGUAGCUCACUGAAGACACAAAGUAGAGACUUUAUGUUGCAGUUUUGAUUUAUUGUCAUUAAUUCUUACAAGAUCCAUCACGCACUGAGUCAUAUUUCUGUCUUUUAUUGAGCGCAGUGUUUGGCUGCACAGAUAACUGCUGUAUUUAUCAGGCUGAUUUUAAUUUCCUGUUGUGUUUUUUUUUGUCUGUUUUGCCUCCACGAUCUUGGGAGAACAAAAGCAUGCCCAGUGUCGUUAAAACCUCUAAAGACACUCGGACCAGCCUGAAAUUGUCGUACAAAUGUUAAUCCACAGAAAUCUUUGCAGCUUUAACCCCCCUCCAAAAAAAAAACCAAAAGCAUUUUUAAAGCGCUGUGCUGCUCCUCGUGUCGCCCCCGGACAGUGACAGAAUGUGUCGUAGGUCCCUCGGCUUCGUGUUUCACCUGAUCUCAGCGUUUGGACUCCUGGACCGUGAAGGUGUCGAGGAUCCACUCGAGGCCUGAAUCACUGCCAGAGGCUCCGCCGUCUCGCUCGCUUUCCCCUCUUAGAGCCGCCGACAAGCUCAGCCGGCGCGUCGGUUCAGAUCCGCUGAUUAAUCCGUGUGGUGUAAUCAUGUUAACUCGCCUUUUCAACAGGAACUUGCCUACUAAAAAGUUGUCUUCAUUGCUUCGUUAUUGCCUGUGUAGAUACGAUUUUAUUUAUUGUCUUUUUAAUAUCCUCAGCAUUCAUUGUGUUGCCAUGUUUUCAUGCCUAAGCCAUUAAGAUUUUUAAUUAAACUGUAUUUUCUUUAACAUUU